UAUAUAUUAUAGUUUAGUUUGCACUAUUUUAAUGGUGGCCGACUACCUUAAUUCCACAUGCUUAAAUUUGGCACCUCUUUAUUAUAUAACCGUUUCAUUCUCAAUAGCAUCUCAAAGGGUGUCCUGAGAAGGAAUCACACAAGAGAAAUUUUGGGUGGAUCUUGGCAAUUUAAAUUUGGUCCAAAAAUAGUAAGAAAGAAAACCAUAGUUUAUAUAGUUUUCAUGUCCUUGCUAACGGUGGCGCACCAAAGGGGGUCAGGUGAGUUUAUGCGGUUCACGGAAAGUCAUGGCGGCGGUGGUGGCGGUGACGGCGAUGGUGAAUAUGGUUAUGGACAUGAUGAUGGUAGAGGUGGUGGGGGUGGUGGUUCACUAGGGUUGAAUUUUAACCAAGUGAUGCAACAAGGUGAGGUUACAACGCAAGGAGGUACUUUGGUUUCAGGGUAUAACAGGGGUGAUCCAGAUUUGAGAGAAAUGGUUUCCGCUUUGACACAUGUGGUGGUGUCUUCAGGGUCAGGCCAGAGGAGCACCGAAUGGAUCCAGCAAAGUGGUUUUCCUAUGAUGUCUGCAUCUUCUCUUUCAUGUUUGUCUUCUUUCUCUUCUCCUUCUUCUUCUGGAGCCUCUUGGGUUGGCCACAAAAGAGGCAGAGAAGAAGAAGAGAGUAGCUCUUCCCAUAACAUGAUCCAACAACAACAACAAAGUGCUCCAAGACUCUUCAGAAACAUUGGUGACUUCAUGGUGCCUUCUCAAGGAGACUCAUCUUCAGCGACAGAAGAAGCCCCCACCUCCACAACUACAAGUGUAACCGCUGUGGCAACAACGGUUACUGAAACCCCACCCCCACCGGGAGGUGGGGAAAGGAGGAGAAAGUACAGGGGAGUGAGGCAGAGGCCAUGGGGAAAAUGGGCAGCAGAAAUUCGUGAUCCACACAAAGCAGCAAGAGUUUGGCUUGGAACAUUCGACACAGAAGAAGCAGCAGCAAGAGCAUAUGAUGAAGCUGCAUUGAGGUUCAGAGGCAACAGAGCAAAGCUUAACUUCCCUGAAAAUGUAAGAGCAGUUCCACCCAUUCAACCUUUUCAAGCCACCACUAGGCUAACCGUUUCUGAUUCCACCACCUCUCAAUUCCGGCCACUCGUCACGGAGACGCCGCCCUUCAUUCAGCAGCCACAGAUUCAGGGCUCCUCUGACUUGAUCAGAGAUUACUUGCAAUACUCUCAGCUUCUACAGAGUGAUUUUCAACAGCAACAAAUACAACAACAAUCACCUUCUAGUUUGCUUCAGCAGUUGUACUAUAAUGCACAAUUGGCUUCACUUCAAUCACCUUCAGUGCUAUCAUCAUCUCCUUCAUUUUCUUCUUCCGUGUCACCAACACCAUUCCCAUUGUUCUCAACCUCUGCUCAGUUUUCCUCUGCUUCUUUCCCCAUGUUUUCAAGUCAACAAAUGGGCUAUUUCCAGCUGCCGGAAAGCUGCCCUCCCGCUGGCGGCGUGCCAGAGUUUCCGCCGUCCACAUGGUCGGGUACCAGUGGCCAGCCACCACCUUCUGGUUGAUACAGUGUCUCAGUUUCCUUCAUAUUUUCCUUUUUUCUCUUUCUUUCAUACUUACGAUAAAAAAAUGAUUUGUUUUACUUAUUUCCUUUUUUAA